UGCGUGUUGCCUUGGUUUUACCCGUCGUGUCUAGCCUAGGCCUUAGUAGCUUGAGGCGCUACGCUUUUUAGAUAUCGCUAUGAUCUUACGACCGACCCGAUGCCGAGGCCCGAGAAUGAACUUAAGGCAGGGAAGCAGUGCCUUCAACUAGUGCUUGCUUUUUUACAACCUUCUACCUUUGUUUUUGUUUCCUGAUUUGUUUGCUCCUACUUUCUCCAUUUCUCCCUUUUUUCACUUGUCUUGUCCUUUUCUGCCUUUUCUUUCUUUUACUCGACUUUCUUGUUCUUCUCCCUUCUUUGCGGGACCUUGCCAGGCGUAAGCUUACUUUGAAUUCUUUUGUCCUACCUUACCAGGGACCAUGUCUUGCACUCCGUCUGCCACUGCAACGGAGUACACCACUAUUACCACUUAUACGACCUCUACGUCUCUCUCCCAGAGUGUAGCGAACAACCAAGCCACAGUCACGACUAUUGUGCAGCAAACUUGUAUCGCCACUGCUACCUUGAGUGGAUCAGGAUGUAUCUCAAGUUCAGCGGUCACGCAGGUGAACACCAUUGGAGGCGGCGUUAGCACCGCCCAGGUACCCGUGGUCGUUACCGUUCCAGUCACCCAGACUCAGCCGACGAAGACUCUUUAUGCCACUUGCUCUGAUGGUUCGACACCGUCGCAGACAUCACUGUCUACAACUAGUGAAACGACUUCGAGUCCAACUCCCAGCGCAGUGACAACCUCUGUGCUCGUAGAGAGCACACCUCCGCCGACCGUCAUCACCCAAGCCUCUUCUACGACUCUUUCAGACGGCGAAGUGGUUCCAACUGUGAUCACUACAACAUCCACACUACCACCAUCUUCUGUUUACUCCGCCUCUGUUAUCUCAAGCCUAACUAUCACCAGUACUGGCACUAGUACUCCGAGUUCAGGCACAAACGUAGCCCCCAUAAUUGGUGGUGUCAUCGGCGGUUUCGUCGGAUUGAUCGCGAUCGUGAGCGCUCUGUGGUACCUCUGGUAACCGCAAACGUAGGUCGUGGGAUGACAUAUUUGAAAGAGAAGCUCUUCAGGAUGAGGAAUUCGAGUCCCCCAUUGCCGUGCGCCGAGAGCGUGACAGGAACAAGCUCGAUCUCGGCGCUGAACCCUAAACCAUAUCAAUACGGUCUCGU